UCUUAGAGCCCCUUUCCCUGUUACCCAGUGUUGAACCUGUUUUGGGUUUUUCUUUCUAAAAUUAAGGAAUCAAAAUGGUGAGGAACCAACUGUACAUAAACGUGCCUAGUGUUUUCCGGUGCCCAAUCUCGCUGGAUGUGAUGAAGUCUCCGGUGAGUCUCUGCACUGGCAUUACGUACGACCGCUCUAGCAUCCAGCACUGGCUGGAAUCUGGACACGAUACCUGUCCGGCCACCAUGCAGGUCCUCUCCUCCAAGGACUUUGUCCCCAACCUUACUCUUCACCGUCUGAUUAACCUCUGGGUUCAGUCUGCCACUCGCAGGCCGGAAUCUGAGUCUUCGGCGAUCUCAGAGGAGGCGGUUAAGGUUUUGAUGGAGAAGAUUGAAAGAAAGAGCUGCGUUGAUUCGUUGACUAAGAUCGAGGAGUUUGUUAGCUCUUGUGAAGAUAAUCGGAAGUUUCUGAUGAGAUUUGGUGGUUUUGUUGAGGUGAUUGCUGGUGUUUUGAGGAGGAAUUCCGUCGAGAUCGUGGCUCUGAAGCUGGUGGUUAGUGUUUUAAAUUCGAUUUUGAGCGAAAAUGGAGUCAAAGAACGGUUGAAUGGAUUGAUCCUCAAAAGCAAUCAAGAAUUCAAUUGCUUCUCCUCAAUCAUCUCAAUUUUGCAAAAUGGAAACCAGAAAUCUCAGAUCCAAUCGGUCCGAUUGCUGGAAUCAAUCGCACUCGACGACCAAUCGAAACGCAAAAUUGCCGAGGUGCCGAACCUCUUUCCGCUCCUCUUGCACCGCCUCAGAACCAACUCCGAUCCCGACCUAAACGACACCGUUUUUUCUCUGUUAAUCACCGUCUCCAUUACUCGCGACGCCAAAUCCGAACUCGUCCAAAACGGCAUCGUAGCACUCCUUUCGAACUUCUUAGCCGACAAGAACAACAAAAGCCACGACAAGGCGAUGAAGCUGCUGGCAAGGGUGAGUAGUUGUAGCGAAGGGAGAAUGGCGAUAAGGGAGGACCCGAAAUGCGUGACUAGGGUGGCGGAGAUGCUGUUGAAGGUAUCUAAAACGGCAGCGGAGGAUGCGGUUUUGGUGCUGUGGAGACUGUUCUCGGCGUACAAAGAUGAGAGGGUGAAGGAGGCGGUGGUGAAGAGCAAUGCGGUGGCGAAGUUACUGCUGCUUAUGCAGAGGGAAGACGAAGGGUUGAUAAGGAAAAAGUGUGGGGAGUUGAUCAAGGCAGUGAUGGCGGGAUGCAAGGACGAGUGUUUGGCUAGUUAUCAAACCAAAUCCGCCCAUAUCAUGCCCUGUUGAUUCAACUGUAAUUGCAGAACAAAUUACAGAUUUUUGUCUUUUUUUUUUUUCACACAAGAAAGAGUUAAAGUAAAUUCAAAGUAUUCUU